UGUAUUUUCAAUGUGGAAAACUUCUUUCCGUUUCCUUGUGUAAUGGUGGAACUGCAGGACAUUGUCUAUCCCCCUCUAUGUAUGACUUCAUUGUAUUUGGUGAAGAAAAUUGCCACCCAUGUAUCGACGAUGUACAAGAUUGUGAAGUAAAAAGUAUCAUAGAACGGGUAAAUAUUUGCUUUUUUAUCAAUAGUGAAAAGUCUGACGUUGUAUCUCGAUAUUGAGCUGGCAUUUUCACAAAUCAUACUUCCCGUCUGUAGAUCAGUGCUACUACAGAAGAAACAACGUUUGCAACUAUAGUAGGAUCUGAUGAUGCCAUUGAUGUUUUUGCACAAGCUGGCUUUCACGGCAUUCCAAAGUUUGAAACAAGAAAACAGCUUGUGGAAGAGCUUUGUCAAUUUUUGUAAUUGAUAAAGCGAGAAGUGCAAUUGAGCAGUUCAAGGACGGGUUAAAAACACUGGGUGUUCUUAGCUUAGUAAAAGGAAAUCCACUUCUCUUCCGCCCAUACUUCUGCCAUCGUAGCAAGCCGCUGACCGCGAUGGAAGUUGACAGAAUAUUUACACCAGAUUUUUCAGAAGAUGGUUGUCGAAGACGUGAAAGGGAGGAGCUCGUUAUAAUGCAUUGGCGUGACUAUCUACAAGAGUGCGAAGCAAACUGCUUUGCCAAUGUUUCAGAGCCUCUUGUAUCUUUGCCGAUGAUUAUGAUUUUUGCAACUGGGUUGGAGGAAGAGCCUCCCUUAGGAUUUCAUGACAAACCAACUAUUUGUAUCUGGGAAGAUGUUCGUCCCAAAAGCAACACCUGCGCUCACAUUUUGUAUUUGCCACUUCAUAAUGAUAAAGAUGAUCUUAGUUAUGAAGAAUUUCAAGAAAUGAUGAACGAUGAGAUUCUGAACUCACCUACAUUUGGUGGUCCAUAGAGAUACAUGCUGCCUGAAGAAAGAUGUUGAAGUUAGAGUCUAAGCAAUAGUUGUGUUGAUUUAAUUUACGAUUUGGUAAUGAUGUAAAACAACGUAUUUCUAA